AUGCUCCGGGCUGCCAUAGGAAACCUCUGCUCCAGGGUCUCCUGUGUGCCUCUGGGGACACAGAUCAGCAGGUUCUCUGCCGCUGCCAUUCCUGCGCCCAAUCCUAAACCAGACGUGCACUUUAACCAGCUUUUCAUAAAUAAUGAAUGGCAUGAUGCAACCAGCAAGAAAACCUUCCCCACAGUCAACCCAUCCACUGGAGAGGUCAUCUGCCAUGUUGCAGAGGGUGAUAAAGCCGAUGUUGACAAAGCUGUGAAAGCCGCACACAAUGCGUUCAAGUUGGGAUCACCAUGGAGAAGAAUGGAUGCCUCUCAAAGGGGACUUUUGAUGAACAGACUUGCUGAUCUUAUUGAACGGGACAGGGCUAUUCUGGCUAAUUUGGAAACCCUAGAUAAUGGGAAGCCCUAUGCCAUUGCCUAUGCAGUGGACUUGGACCUUGUACUCAAAUGUCUGAGAUACUAUGCUGGUUGGGCUGACAAAUGCCAUGGCAAAACUAUUCCCAUCGAUGGAGAUUAUUUCACCUACACCAGACAUGAGCCUGUUGGGGUCUGUGGACAGAUCAUCCCGUGGAACUUCCCAUUGCUGAUGCUUGCUUGGAAGUUUGGUCCUGCCCUGGCAACUGGAAAUGUGAUCGUCAUGAAGGUGGCUGAACAGACUCCUCUCACUGCUCUUCAUGUUGCCAGCCUAGUGAAAGAGGCUGGAUUCCCACCUGGGGUUGUUAACAUUAUUACAGGAAUGGGACCCACAGCAGGUGCUGCCAUCUCUUCUCACAUGGAUGUAGAUAAAGUUGCCUUCACUGGCUCUACAGAGGUGGGUCGUCUGAUUCAGCAAGCAGCUGGUAAGAGUAACUUGAAGAAAGUCACCCUUGAACUUGGUGGGAAGAGCCCCAACAUCAUAUUUUCUGACGCAGACUUGGACUGGGCUGUGGAGCAGGCCCACUUUGCUCUGUUCUUCAAUCAAGGACAAUGCUGCUGUGCAGGCUCUCGUACCUAUGUUCAAGAGGAUAUUUACAAGGAUUUUGUGGAGAGAAGUGUUCAUCGGGCCAAAAACAGGGUUGUUGGAAACCCCUUUGAUUUCAAAACUGAACAAGGACCUCAGGUGGAUGAGGAACAGUUUAAGAAAAUCCUAGGUUACAUAAAAUCUGGAAAACAAGAAGGUGCCAAGUUGUUGUGUGGUGGGAAUGCUGCUGCUGACCGUGGAUACUUUAUACAGCCCACAGUGUUUGGAGAUGUGACUGACAACAUGACCAUUGCCAGAGAGGAGAUUUUUGGACCAGUGAUGCAGAUCCUAAAAUUCAAGACCAUUGAGGAUGUUAUUGAACGGGCCAACAGCUCUGAGUAUGGUCUGGCUGCAGCUGUGUUCACAAAGGACAUUGACAAAGCAAACUAUGUAUCUCAGUCUUUGCGGGCUGGAACCGUGUGGAUCAACUGCUAUGAUGUCUUCGGAGCCCAAGCACCUUUUGGAGGGUACAAAGCUUCUGGAGUUGGUAGAGAGCUGGGAGAAUAUGGAUUGGAGGCAUACACAGAAGUGAAGAAUGUGACCAUUAAAAUCCCACAGAAGAAUUCUUAA